UGCUGAAAGCAGCAAUUAAUCAGAGCAAAAUGACAAGACUUUGAUGUGAAAAUGAACUCCAGUGAAUCAUUCGACAGAAUCUGUCUCUCCAGAGAGGAAUGAAACAAAAUAAUUAACUUGUCAGAGCAGGAGGAAAACUUUCUCCAUCUUUCCUUCAGUGUCUCUGCUCCAACAUUCAUCUGUUGUCAUCUGAGCUUUGCUGUUCUCCACGUAGACUCUGCUUGCGAAACAAUUGAAUCCUCCCAAGUUCAAAUAAUUCAUCCAAACUUCAGAAACAAACGGGUGUUUUCUUCAUCCAUAUCAAGAUGUGGCGAGGCCUCUCUCUCACCCGGACCUCUUUGAUCCUCUGUGGCUUAACAAUGGGAUGUUUCGGAUUCAUUCUGAUGCCAAAAGAAGGAAGAGGUUGGACACUGAACAGUGCUGGCUAUCUCUUAGGUCCCGAUGCUGCAAAUGGUCAUCGGUUGCUGAUGGAUAGGCCUGGCCUCGCUGGGAAAAGGGACAUUGCUGGAGCCAGGUCCAACUCCGAUGGUGCAGACCACAGAGAUACCAUUCAGCCACUGGUGGAAAUGCUGUCCUACUCACGCCUGGCAGGGAUCCUGGCCCUGAAUAACCUGGACCUCGCACUGACAGAGCAGACACAAGACGCCUGACCUGAGCAAUGGCAGACUCCUGCGUGACUGCCAAUCUCCGCGACGGAGACAAGGCCUUGAGAUGAUUUAACUGGAAUAAAUGCUACUGAACUGCUUUGCUAAUA